AUGGGUUCCGACCCCCAGUACGCGAAAUGGCCACUGCUGCCUCUGUCGCAGCACGUCUUCACCCUCACAAAUGGCUACGCCACCAAGAAUGCGCAACAAGCUGCUGUUAAAGCUCUUCAAGAUGCCAUCUCCCAGGACAAGAUGGCUCCCUUCUACCGAUAUCUCGCCCACCCCAUCGAUGGCGUCCUCAACACUGUUGGCGAGGGUGGCUCUUCCGCUCCCGGACGACCUCUCAGUAGGAAGUCGAGCCUUGUUGGAAUGAUCGCUACCAAACCUGCCACCGCCAAUAUCAGCCUCCCUUGGGAUGAGGGUCUGUACAAUCAGCUGAAGGAGGACAACGACCGCGAGCUGCAAGAGAUCCAGAAAGAGGAGGAUGACGCUGUUGAGCAAGCAGGUGACACUGAGGUCAUGGCCGCCCAAGGCAAGCGAGCAGAAUUCUGGGCCCGAGACAAGGCCAUUGCCACCUACGAGAGCCUCUUCGAAAAGACGGGUAUCCUCGGUACCAAGAUCGACCUCGUCCUGGCUAUAAUACGUAUGGGCUUGUUCUAUGGUGACAAGCCUCUCGUAAAGAAGCACGUCGAGCGUGCCAAGGGCCUUGUCGACACCGGCGGUGACUGGGACCGUCGCAACCGUCUCAAGGCCUACGAGGGCCUGCACUUGCUCACCGUUCGAUCCUACAACCUCGCUGCGCCGCUGCUCCUCGACUCUCUUUCCACCUUCACCAGUUACGAGCUCUGCACCUAUUCGAACCUCGUCGUGUACUCCGUUCUUGCUGGCUCAGUCUCACUGAAGCGAGUUGAUUUCAAGUCUAAGGUUGUCGAUGCACCUGAGAUCAAGGCUAUUCUUGGCGAUGGCGAGGACAAGCUGCUUGCUCUCAGCGGCGCUCUCAGUGCUGGCCCAGGUGCUGAUGACACUACUGACUCGAAGGCACCCAAGACGGCCACCGCUGCUGUCAAUCUUACUACACUGGGCUCAAGCACUGAUCAACCUGAGGCUGAGAUGGCGAUUGACUUUAGCCCUCUGGCUCUGCUUGUUAGCAGCUUGUACAGCGGCAACUACAAGACCUUCUUCAAGUCACUGGCUGAGGUCGAGGAGCAGUUCCUUAACCAGGACCGCUACCUUCACGAACACAAGAAUUGGUUCAUCCGAGAGAUGCGACUUCGUGCCUACCAGCAGCUCCUGCAAAGCUACCGUGUCGUCGGUCUUGAGAGCAUGGCCAACGACUUUGGUGUCACUGUCGACUUCCUCGACCGUGAUCUUGCCCGCUUCAUUGCCGCUGGCCGUAUCCCUUGCACCAUCGACCGCGUGACAGGCAAGGGUGUUAUCGAGACCAACCGCCCUGAUGACAAGAACAAGCAAUACCAAGACGUCGUGCGACAGGGCGAUCAGCUCAUUACAAAGCUACAAAAGUACGGCCAGGCUGUGCGGUUGAGGGGUAGCGAAAGAGCAUAG